AUGAAUUAUGAAUUUAUUCAGAAGUUCCAAGAAUUAAGUUUAGAUAUGGGAAGCAAUAAUAAUCAAGACUCGUUAGAAUUUGGUAUCAAAAAAUUUAUAAUUGACACUAAAACUCCGUUCUAUGCUAAAAUUUCUGAACAGUGUGCAAUUAUUAACGGCAUGGUUUACUUUUAUUUGAGAACUGACAAAGGAGUAAAAUGGUUUUUUUUAACAAGUUUAUCAAAUACAUAUAAUGAGCAUUUACCAAAAGGUUUAGAUUUCAAAAGUUCAAAAAACGAAAAUGAAGUGAUUACAAAUUUAAUUAAGAACGCAUACCAAAUUGAGGAAGAAAAACCAAUUAAUUAUAAUAUUUUAGAUUUAUUUGACACAGCUAUACACUUCAAAAACACACUUAAAAUCAUGG